CAACAACAAGGCAUUGAGAGUUUAAAUAGAGAAGGAGUGAGGAGAGAGCACAGUUCAGUUUUAGUGGUGUUCCACAGUCUUAACAUGCAGAGAAUUGUUGUUCCUUGUGUGCUAAUACUUGCCAUUCAACAAGCUGUAUCUAAUCAUGCAGGAGAGUCUAGGGUCAGAAGAAGUCUCUCUCCCCAUCCCACGGACUGCAAGAUGAGUGCCUGGUCCGACUGGGGACCCUGUGACCCCUGUUCCAAGACUAUGCAUCGGUCACGGGGUGUGGAGGAGUUUGGGCAGUUUGGUGGAUCCGCAUGUUCCCAUGCCAUUGGAGAUCGGAGGCCCUGUCGGACAGAUGCAGUCUGUAAACGUGAGGCAAUGGUGCCCUGCUUGGCAACAGAGUUUCAGUGUGACUCAGGAAUAUGUAUUAAAAGACGUUUAUUAUGUAAUGGAGAUAACGACUGCGGUGACUGGUCAGACGAAGAUGUGUGUGAGAAGAUUGUACGUCCUCCAUGUGGAAACACAGAUCUCAAGUUGUCUGAAAUGGGUCGUACUGCAGGUUAUGGCAUCAAUAUUCUUGGUUCAGGCCCCAGGAUGAAUGCCUUCAAUAAUGAGUACUUUAAUGGCCUGUGCUCUCGGGUCAGAGACACCAGCACGUUGGAGUACGACAGACUCCCAUGGAAUGUUGGAGUCCUCAACUAUGAAACUAAAGUGGAAGAAGCUGCCUCAAAGGAGAUCUAUGAAACGACACACUCCCUGCUAAGGGAAGUAACAGAGGAGAACAAGAACUCACUAAGUAUCGGCCUGUCCUUCAAAUUCAACCCCACAGAGAAAUCAACUGGGGAAAAACCUGCGGAAUCACCUGGUGAAUCAACUGGGGAAUCAACUGGGGAAUCACCUGGUGAAUCAACUGGGGAAUCAACUGGGGAAUCACCUGGUGAAUCAACUGGGGAAUCAACUGGGGAAUCAACUGGGGAAUCAACUGGUGAAUCAACUGGUGAAUCACCUGUGAAAUCACCUGGGAAGAUUGAAUUUGGAAUCAAUUAUGCAAAGGAGAAGAAUGACAUGAUUAAAGAGAUAACGGGGUACACCACAACAACAAACAAGAGCUUCAUGCGGGUGAAGGGAACAGUGCAGUUGAGUACUUACAGGUUGAGGUCAAACCAUCUGAUGCUGUCAAAGAGCUUUCUAGAAGAUAUUGAGACCUUGCCUGUGCAGUAUGAAAAGGGACAGUACUUUCGUUUCCUUGAAGACUAUGGCACUCACUACACGGCAAAUGGAAAAUCUGGGGGAGAAUAUGAACUGAUUUAUGUUCUUAACAUGGAGAGUAUAAAGGAAAAGAAGAUAACAGAACGAAUGCUCCAGGAAUGCCUUAAGCUUGGUGUGACAGCAGACCUUGGUUUGACAGCAGAGGUUGGUGUGUCAGGUGGCGUAGACAAAAACGACUGCAAAAAAAUCAACACUUUAAGCAACAAUCAGACUGAAGGGAAAGCUCUAAUUGAUUCCAUCAUGACAUCAGUGAGGGGGGGUACUGUGGACAAAGCUGCAGCCAUGAAAACUAAGAUAAAGACGGAAGGGGUUCUGGACACCGAAACUUAUGAAGCAUGGGCUAAGACCAUAAUUAAUGCUCCAGUACUCAUCCACAGUGAGCCUGAACCCAUCUACAAUCUGAUCCCACCGACAAUAGCACACAGCCAGGAGAAACGCAGCAAUGUGCUUCUUGCGAUCGAUGAAUAUGUUGCCGAGUACAGUGUGUGCAAGUGCAAGCCCUGUAUGAAUGGGGGCACUGUGGUGCAGAUGGAUGGGAACUGUGUUUGUCUUUGCCUGCCGCAGUACGAGGGCCUCGUCUGCGAGAAGCUCCGUUCUGCGCCGCACAGGGGGCCAGUCAGUCAAGAAGGUAACUGGGCCUGCUGGGGAUCCUGGUCUGGUUGCAAAGAAAGUAAACGUUCACGGACUCGCACAUGCAACGGUGGUUCUUGCCGGGGAGAAACAGUCAGUACGGAUUACUGCUGAAUGCUCAUAUGCACAUAGACACAUCUUAAUGCACGCAGACAAACACAAAAAGCAUUGUUUAAAUAUUCAUUAAUUGUGAUGGAGGGUAGUGCUUCCAGGAUAAACCAUUUUAUCUUAGUGGUGAGAUAUGGAGUUUUACUUCUGGCCAGAGAAUCACAACACACAGAUUAAAAGAGUUCUUUACUAUUUGAACAUAGGACUGUUAUGUGGUGAUUAAUAUAUGGUAUGUCUGUAUGGGUGUCUGUGAUUCUGGAAAUGAAAUAAACAACAAUGUUGAUUGUA